AUGGACCACCUCUUUGACGACGAAGACCUCCAGGCCACGGGGCUUAAACUUCCUACAACAGCGUGGCUUGGAUUCGAUCAUGACACGACGCAAUCCUACGGUGUCGUCGACUUCGAAACAUACCCACUUCUACGUGGAUGGACCCAGGCUGAACUUCUCGACCUUACAUUUGGGCGUUUGUCCCGAAGUGUCUCGUACACAUUAUCCAUGCUACAAUCUUGGUUUACUCUUGGGUUCCUUGAAGCAACUUUUAGGCAGCGAUUCCGCACUCGCGAUUUCGUGUCGGGAGAUCAAGUUUUUCGCACGCGCUUCCUUCGGCAGUUCACUAAAGAAAAGAUUGGAGAAGUCUACGAUAUGCCCGAUGCGGAGGUUGUGCAGUUCCUAGAGGCCCUUGAUGAGGCGCAGAAGAUGGUCUACCAGUGGACCGUGAAGCUCGAGUUGCAGGGUAACAAGACAUCCAAAGAUUUGAAAGAGGAGCGCAUUGCUCCUACAAUGCGACUAUGCACCCUGAUUGGUGAAGCCAUUCGGCACUUCCAGGACGUUUCGUCUAUGAUAUGCCUUUCGUGGCUGAAAAGGGAAGGGCCGAGUUGGCGCUACUCGGACUUGAAUAGGAACCUGCUCAUCCAACAGCUUGUCAAGAAAGGCUGGUGCCCUUCCACAUUCGAGUUGCUAUUUAAGACUUCCCACUCAACCAUCGAGCUAGCCGCUCUUCUCGAAGCCAAGGACCUCAAGUCAGGUCGUCAUCAGGGAUGUACUAAAAAUUCUUGCAUCGCGUACCAACUGCUAGAAGAAACAUACCAAACGUCUCAUGUCGACUCAUCGUGUGCUUGUAGUUUCAUCGCGGCACCACCUCACCGCCUAGCAACCAUUCUUCGACAAGGUGAGGUGCCGGUCUUGAACUUGGACGCCCUUUUGGAUGAUUCAAAUGAGGAGACUGUUACUUCACUCAAAGGAAAAGCCAAUGUGAUUGCAUUCUCCCAUGUCUGGUCGGACGGGCCUCGGCAGCCAUGCUGA